AUGACGAGCUUCUUUCGUGCACCAUUUCAGUCAACGCCGUUUCAACAAGCUAUUGAGAAAGCUACCGAUGGCAAUCAGCCAAGCGAAGAUUGGGGUUUAAUUAUGAGAAUUUGUGAUCAUGUUGUGAUGCAUGAAGACAGUGCAAAAGAAGCAGUAAAAGUUAUUCGUAAACGAUUACAAAUAAAUCCGGUAACGAGUGGAUGGCGUACUAUUGGAUUAACACUUACUUUGUUAGAAGCAUUAACAAAAAAUUGUGGAAAAUUCUUUCAUUUACAAAUAGCACAAAAAGAUUUUUUAAAAGACUUUCGUGGAGUGAUUGCUCCUAAGAAUAGUCCACCAGCGGCAAUACAAGAGAAAGUUCUGGGCAUGAUUCAAAUUUGGGCAUUGGCUUUUCGUGAUGAUCCUGAAUUGAUCGCUGUUGGGCAAUUCUAUGAAGAAUGUAAACAACAAGGAUUAGAAUUUCCACCAGCUGAACCAGAGAAUAUUAUUAAAGCAGCAGUACCGGCUACAGGAACACUUGAACGUCCUGCACCAGUUGCUCGAUCAAUGUCUCAACCAGCUAGUGCUACGAUGCCACGUCAAGAUCGAUCGGCAUCGGAUACUUCUUCACAUCAAACUAUUCGCGAACCUGCUGUUUUAAGACAAAUGACACCGGAGCAAAUAGCUAAAUUACGUAGUGAAUUAGAUGUUGUGCAAACUAAUGUGCAAGUAUUCGGCGAAAUGUUAGUUAUUUUACAACCGGCUGAAGAACAUCCGCAAGAUUUGGAUUUAUUAUUGGAAUUACAUAAAACAUGCAUACAGAUGCAAGCACGUAUUAUCGAUUUACUUUCACAAGUUGCUAUUGAUGAGAUCACUGUCGAUCUGUUACGUUAUAACGAUGAAUUUAACAAUGCAUUAAAAACAUUCGAAAGUUAUAUGCUAGAACGUGAACGACGAGCGGGUCCAUCAUCAAUACCUAUAUUAAAUCAAACGGCCACACCACUUCGAACUGGAGCGGCAUUUUCUCAGUCACCACCAACGAAAACAUCAACCUCAUCAAGUAAUCAAGAUAGUCAACCUGCAUUAAUCAAAUUCGAUGAAGAUUCAACACCGUUACCAGCUACCUUACAAAACAUGCAUAUUAAUCCAAUCGCAUUGGAUGCGGCACCAAAAACUACUCCGACACAAGCAACUGCUUCAGUAACAACUCGACCUGCUCCAAAUAAUCAUGAUCAUGAGCAGGAUGCAAAAGAAGUUGAACAGUGGUUAAAUAUUUCAAAUUCGACCAAUACAGAUAACAAAACUAACCAAGAAGGCGCUACAACACAUGCAUUCAAUAAUUUCUUGGAAAAGCGUGCUUCAACUAUUCGCGAUGAGCCGAUAUCUGAACACGAAGUAGUUGUUAAUUUUCAAAAUCCGUCAAUAAAUAGCGAUUAA